AUGAAGACGAAGAAUAUGGAUAUUGCUAUGAUAUUAGUGAGGACAAUUGGGUUUCUCUCUUUGAAUGUUACUGUUGAAGUAGAGAUAUGUGGGAAAUUAUUCAAGGUUAGAUUGACAGAAGACACUCACAAUCCUUUGAGGAUUUCCUUUAAUUUGACGAAGCAGGAAGUUAAAAUGGUCGAUUCAUCUUCGGAUUCUAAGGUUGAUUGGAAUAAAGGCGGGGAUGUUAAUGGGGAGGCAAAGUUUAAUGAAUCUUUGAUGGAGGAAUCUCUUUUCAGUGAUGAUAUUAAAGUUCCUGCUGCAUUAAUAAAUUUCUCUGUUGACACGUUCUUUAAACCAAAUAUCUCGGCUCGGAAGAAGUUAGGUGUUGUUAACCGAUGGACCAAGAUGAAAUCAAUUUAUGAUAUGGUAGAGGAUAGGUUUUCAGGCGGAGUAAAGGUGAAUGCAAAGAAUCUCGAUUCAAAUAUGGGUGAAAAGUUAUGGAAGGCGAUUUCUAAUCUUGGUGGGGACUCUUUAAAGGAUUACAAGAAGAGAUUCGAUGAAUUGGAGAAAUCUGAUAAAGCUAGGAGAGUGGGAAGGACGAUUGUUGGGUGGAGCUUUUUGGUUAUUGAUCAGGAGGUUAAGUUUUCGGUUAGGAGGUGGUGA